AUGGAAAAAACAAUUAAAAGAAUAAAUACAAUUGGAAAUCAUAUAGUUGGAAGUUUAUCAUCCACAACAAAUUCAUCUAUGACUUAUAGUAAAGCACAACAAGAUAAAAGUAAAGAUUCAUUUAAACCAACAAAUGCAGAUUUAAAGAAACUUUUUGAAUAUCAAGCACAACAAGAGGAAUUAAAUAAGAAAGAACCAUUUCAUUUAACAUCAAUUGAAAAUCAAACGCUUACAUUGACAUUGAAUAGACCAAAAUCAUUGAAUGUAUUAAAUACCAAUUUAUUUGUAAACUUAAAUAAAGUAUUUCAAUCCUAUAGAGAUAAUCCAAAGUUAUCAUUAAUGAUUAUCAAAGGCAAUGGUAGAGCCUAUUGUGCAGGUGGUGACAUUAAAGAACUCUCACAACAAACUCGUGCCAUCGGUUUAUUAUUCCCACGUUAUUUCUUUUCAAAAGAGUACAACUUGGAUUAUACCGCUGCAACUGUAAAUAAACCAAGAAUUGCAAUUUGGGAUGGUAUUUCUAUGGGUGGUGGUUUAGGUAUUUCAAUUCAUUCACCAAUUAGAGUUGUAACUGAAAAAACAACUUGGGCAAUGCCAGAAGUUUCAAUUGGAUUAUUCCCAGAUGUUGGAGCAAGUUAUUUUUUAAGUAGAUUAAAAAAAGAUGCAAUUGCAAAUUAUAUUGCAAUUACAGGUAAAUCAUUAACAGGUGCAGAUUGUAUUGAAUUUGGAGUUGCAACACAUUAUGUUCAUUCAUCGAAAUUGAAUGAAUUAGAGAUUAAAUUGAAAUCAUUGGUACAUCAUCAAGAUAUUAAUUUAAUAGAAUCUAUAAUUAAUGAGUAUGCAAGUGUACCACCAACACCAGCACCAUUAUUAAAGGAUUGGGAUCAAAUUGUUAAAUGUUUCUCAAAUCGUUUUAAUUCAAUAGAAGAAAUUAUGAAUGAACUAUCUAGAACAAAUACACAAUGGUCAAAUGAUAUCAUUUCAUUAAUUAGAAAGAAAUCACCAACCUCUGUAAAGAUUGCUUUUCGUCAAAUCAAAGAUGGAGCUUUGAAAUCAUUAGAGGAAUGUUUCUUUAUGGAAUUUAGAUUAGCAAUUAGAUCAUUAUCAAAUAAUGAAUUCAUUGAAGGUGUUAGAUCAGUUAUCAUUGAUAAAGAUCAAAAUCCAAAAUGGGAUCCUCAAACUUUAGAAGAUGUUUCUGAUGAAUACAUUAAUCAUUAUUUCUCUAAUUUACCUGAUGAUCAAGAAUUUCCAAUUGGAAAUGAUAAAAUUUAUAUGCCACCACAAUAA